AUGAGCCAGUCAGCCAGCCAGCGAGUCAGGGAGCCAGCCAGUGAGUCAGUCAGCCAACCAGUCAGCGAGUCAGGGAGCCAGUCAGUCAGUCAGCCAGCGAGUCACAGAGCCAGUCAGCCAGCGAGUCAGGGAGUCAGGGAGUCAGCGAGUCAGGGAGCCAGCCAGCCAGCGAGUCAGGGAGUCAGCCAGCCAGCCAGCGAGUCAGGGAGCCAGCCAGCCAGCGAGUCAGGGAGCCAGCCAGUGAGUCAGUCAGCCAACCAGUCAGCGAGUCAGGGAGCCAGUCAGUCAGUCAGCCAGCGAGUCACAGAGCCAGUCAGCCAGCGAGUCAGGGAGUCAGGGAGUCAGCGAGUCAGGGAGCCAGCCAGCCAGCGAGUCAGGGAGUCAGCCAGCCAGCCAGCGAGUCAGGGAGCCAGCCAGCCAGCGAGUCAGGGAGCCAGCGAGUCAGGGAGCCAGCCAACCAGCGAGUCAGGGAGCCAGCCAGCCAGCGAGUCAGGGAGCCAGCCAGCCAGCGAGUCAGGGAGUCAGCCAGCCAGCGAGUCAGGGAGUCAGCCAGCCAGCGAGUCAGGGAGCCAGCCAACCAGCGAGUCAGGGAGUCAGCCAGCCAGCGAGUCAGGGAGCCAGCCAGCCAGCGAGUCAGGGAGCCAGCCAGCCAGCGAGUCAGGGAGCCAGCCAACCAGCGAACUCAAGCGUGAGACACAAGAGAUACCUUUUCACCCCACCAACUCCACAGCCUCUACCCCUGCCCCACAGCCUCUGCCCCUGCCCCACAGCUCCUACCCCAGCCCCACAGCCUCUACCCCAGCCCCCCAGCCUCUACCCCAGCCCCACAGCCUCUACCCCAGCCCCACAUCUACCCCUGCCCCACAGCCUCUACCCCAGCCCCACAGCCUCUGCCCCACAGCCUCUACCCCAGCCCCACAUCCUCUAACCCAGCCCCACAGCCUCUACCCCAGUCCCACAGCCUCUACCCCAGCCCCACAGUCUCUACCCCAGCCACACAGCCUCUGCCCCACAGCCUCUACCCCAGCCCCACAUCUACCCCUGCCCCACAGCCUCUACCCCAGCCCCACAUCUACCCCUGCCCCACAGCCUCUACCCCAGCCCCACAGCCUCUACCCCAGUCCCACAGCCUCUACCCCAGCCCCAAAGCCUCUACCCUGCCCCACAGCCUCUGCCCCACAGCUUCUACCCCAGCCCCUAACCCAGCCCCACAGUCUCUACCCCAGCCCCACAUCUACACCUGCCCCACAGCCUCUACCCCAGCCCCACAGCCUCUAUCCCAGCUCCACAGCCCCUAACCCAGCCCCACAGCCUCUACCCCAGCCCCACAUCUACCCCUGCCCCACAGCCUCUACCCCAGCCCCACAUCUUCCCCUGCCCCACAGCCUCUACCCCAGCCCCACAGCCUCUACCCCAGCCCCUAACCCAGCCCCACAGCCUCUAUCCCUGCCCCACAGCCUCUACUCCCAGCCCCACAUCUACCCCUGCCCCACAGCCUCUACCCCAGCCCCACAUCUUCCCCUGCCCCACAGCCUCUACCCCAGCCCCACAGCCUCUACCCCACUCCUACCCUGCCCGACAGCCUCUACCCCAGCCCCACAGCCCCUAACCCAGCCCCAGUCUCUACCCCAGCCCCACAGCCUCUGCCCCUGCCCCACAGCUCCUACCCCUGCCCCACAGCCUCUACCCCAGCCCCGCAGCCUCUAUCCCUUCCCCACAGCUCCUACCCCAGCCCCACAGCCCCUAACCCAGCCCCACAGCCUCUACCCCAGCCCCACGGCCCCUAAUCCAGCCCCACGGCCUCUACCCCAGCCCCACAGCCUCUACCCCAGCCACACAGCUCCAGCCCUGGCUCGAACCCUGAUGCCUAAACCCCAGCUCCAGUCCUGGCUCAAACCCUGA